AUGAAAAAUAUUAUUAAUUAUAUUGACAUUAUAAGUAGUAGACAAGAGGAUAUUGUUGAAGAAUUUGAAAAGGUUAAACCCAAUAAUAGAAUUAAAUUUUUUCCAUAUUACGAUAAAUAUAAUGAGUGUCCAUUUACUCAAAAUAUUAAUAAAAGCGAUAGUUGUAUAAAUUUAAAUAAUUUAGUAAGUGAAAUGAAUAUUUUGCUUAAUUUAAAGAAAAUAAAUGGAAAUAAGAACAAAAAUUUAGAAGAUUUUAAUAAAUGCAAUUUGAAUAACACCUUUUCUACGUCAGAUAAUGAUUCUAACUUUGAUAAAAUGGGAUCAUUAACUAUCUCUAGAUCAUCAGAAGGCAAUAAUAUAUUAAAAAAAAAUAAUGUAAGUAAUGACGAUUUAAAUAGAAAAUUCAAAGAAAAAAAUUAUGAUAAACGUAAUUUAGUAAAUAAUAAAAGUGAUAACAAUUUAAAUAAUAAUAGUAAUUAUAAAAAUAAAUACAAUCAAAUUAAUGAAAAUUUAGAUAACUCUUCCGAAAUUUAUCAUUCGUUUAAUUUUAUGAAUGAUCAUAAUUCUAUAAACAAAAAUAUUAUUAUUAAAAAAAAUAAUAUAAAUAUUGAUAAUUAUUCCAAUUAUUAUUGUAUAAGGACAAAUAAAAAUGUUUUUAAUAGUCAUGCAUAUCACAAAGAAGAGAAAUGUGAUAAUUUAAAGGAAUGUAAUAGUAUUCAUAAUAAUGAAAAAAAUUUUAAUAAUGAAAAUUUUAUUAGAUAUAAUAAUAAUAUAAAUACAAAUACGGAAAAGGAAUAUAAUCUAAAUAACAAAACCUUAAUAAAAAGUGAAAAAAAAAAUGUAUGCAACUUAAGAUAUGGAAAUAAUAAAAAUAUAGAUGAAAAUAACAAAAACUAUUUAACAAAUAAAAAUAAUAAUAAAAAAAAUGAUAAUAAAGAGAAUUUUAGAAAUAAUGAGAAUGGAAAUAAUAUGAGCAACAGUAAAAAUGCAAAUCAAAUAAUUAUGGAAGCACCUACAGGUUACAACGAUAAUAAUAGUGAUAAUAAUAAUAACAAUGAUAAUAACGAUGAUAAUAAUAAUGAUUAUAACAAUAAUAAUAAUAAUAUUAAUAAUGACAACGAUGAUAAUAGUAAUAAUAAUAAUAAUAAUAAUGAUGAUAAUAUUAAUAAUAAUAUUAAUAAUAAUAAUAAUAAUAAUAAUAAUAUUAAUAACAAUAAUAUUAAUAAUACUAAUAAUAGUAAUAAUAAUAAUAACAAUGAUAUUAAUGCUAAUAUGAGUAAUAGCAAUAUUAAUGAUUAUAACAAUAAUAAUAAUAAUAAUAUUAAUAAUGACGACGAUAAUAAUAAUAAUAAUGGCAAUCAAAAUAAUAAUAAUAAUAGCAAUCAAAAUAAUAAUAAUAAUAAUAGCAAUCAAAAUAAUAAUAAUAAUAAUAGCAAUCAAAAUAAUAAUAAUAAUAAUAGCAAUCAAAAUAAUAAUAAUAAUAGCAAUCAAAAUAAUAAUAAUAAUAAUAAUAAUAAUAAUAAUAAUAAUAAUAAUAAUAAUAAUAAUAAUAAUAAUAAUAAUAAUAAUGACGAUGAUAAUAUUAAUAAUAAUAAUGAUAAUGAUGAUGGUGAUGAGAAUAAUAAUAAUAAUGAUGAUGACGAUGAUAAUAUUAAUAAUAAUAAUGAUAAUGAUGAUGAUAAUAAUAAUAACAAUGAUAUUAAUGCUAAUAUGAGUAAUAGCAAUAAUAAUAAUAAUAAUGAUGACGAUGAUAAUAUUAAUAAUAAUAAUAAUGAUGACGAUGAUAAUAUUAAUAAUAAUAAUAAUGAUGAUGAUGAUUAUAUUAAUAAUAAUAUUAAUAAUAAUAAUAAUAUUAAUAACAAUAAUAUUAAUAAUACUUAUAAUAGUAAUAAUAAUAAUAACAAUGAUACUAAUACUAAUAUGAGUAAUAGCAAUAAUAAUAAUAAUAAUAAUAAUGAUGACGACGAUGAUAAUAAUAUUAAUAAUACUAAUAAUAGUAAUAAUAAUAAUAACAAUGAUACUAAUAGUAAUAUGAGUAAUAGCAAUAAUAAUAAUAAUAAUAAUGAUGAUGACUACGAUGAUAAUAAUAAUAAUAAUAAUAGUUAUAGUAGUAAUGCUAAUAACAGUAAUGAUAGUAACGAUAGUAAUAAUAAUGUUAAUAAUAAUAGCAAUAAUUAUAAUAAUGACAACACUACUAUUACUAUUACUACUAACACUAGUAAUGAAAAUAAUAGUAAUAAUAAUAAUACCAAAACUACUGCUACUACUACUACUACUAAUAAUAAUAAUGGUAAUAUUUAUAAUAAUUACAAUAAUUCUAAUUUUAACAAUAAUAAUAAUAAUGAUAGUGAUAACAACGAAAAAUGUCAUAGUAAUAAUGAAAAAAAUAAUAAUAGUGAUAACUAUAUGAGUGAUAGCAAUGGUAAUAAUAACAGUAAUAAUUAUAAAUGCAUUAAUCAAAUUCAUAAAAAUAAUAUGAAUGAAAUCAUUAAUGCAAAAAAUAAAAUGAGUUUAGAAAAUAAUAUUGUACAUAAUUCAAAUUAUGAAAAUGACAUUUACAUAAAUCCUUAUGAAAAAAAUAUAAGUAACAUAUGUGGAGAAAAUUUAGUCUGUUUAUCUGAAGAAAAUAAUUUUUUAUUAAAUAAUAUUUCCGAAGUAAGAGACAUUUAUGAAAAAUGUAAAAAUGAUAAAAAUAAUGAGGUAGAAUUAGAAAGAAAAGAUUUUUUUAAUAAUGAUGGAUUUAAUUCUGAAGAUAUAUUUUAUGAAAAAUAUAAUAAUAACUCAAUAUUUUCAUCUAUAAAGGAAGAAAAUAAAAAUAUAUGCAGUAAUAUUUUUUUAAAAAAUGAAGAGUUAAAUGACGUAUAUAAUAAUGACUAUUUAAAAAAGAAUCCUAUAAACAAAAAAUUAGAAAACACAUAUGAUAACUGUAAUGGUCACCUUGAAAUUAAAUCUGUAUCUAAUAAUAGCAAAGAAAAAGAAUCAAGAAUAUAUGAAUCGAGCAGUAAUUUAUCAAAUAAUUUCAUUGAAAAAUUACAUAUAUUAAAGAAAAAUUCGGAGAAAAAUAUAAAUGAUAAUGUAAAAUUAGAUGAUAAAUCUACUAUAAACAAUAAUGUUCUUUCAAGUGUUGAUAAAGAAGAUCACAAAGAAGAUAUAAAUUAUUUAGAUAAUAAAAAAUUUAUUACACCGAGUUCUUAUAAUGAUAUGUUAAAUGAUAAUAAAAUGAAAUUAAAUAAUUCAAGUGAACUUAUAAAAAAUAACAUCAAACAAAGCAAUAAAACUGAAGAUACUUUACUUAAUUUUAUUGAAUUAAAUAAAGAAGAAAGUGAAGAAACAAAAAUAAACACUCAUAAUAAAAGUUUGAUAAUUGAAAAUAUAGAAGAUAAUAAUAAAGAAAAUGAAAAUUUAAAAAGUAUGCAAAGUGUUAUUAUUCCAUUAAAAAAGGAAAAGGUACAUCAUAAAAUGAAUGAAGAAGGAACAUCUAUUAAUGAAACAGAUAUAUGCAAAAAUUAUGAUAUGAGCAAUAUGCAAAAAAAAAACAUUACAAAUAAUGAAAAAAUUAAAAAUAAUAUUUUAAAUUCAGAUUGUACUAUUAACAAUAUAAAUGAUGAUGAUGAUGAUAAAAUAAAUAAUGAUCAGGUAGUGCAUGUAAAUAAUAAUGGAAGUGUAUCUUCGGAAAAUAAUACAAGUGUUAUAGAUAAUAUGAGAGAAACUAAUUUGUUAAACAAUUUGAAUCAUUUAAAAGAAAAUAUACAGAUGAACGAUAAUAUAGGAAGCAGUAAUUUAAAUAUAGAUAAUAAUAAUGAAAAAGGAAAAAUAAAUUUUUCCUUAAAUAUGAAUAUUGUAAAAAAUAAAAUAAAUAUUAAGAAUAACGAGAAUAUAAUAAAUUGUAUGGAUGAUAAAAAUGUAAUAAAUAAUAUAAAUAACGAAAAUAUAGUUAGUAAUACGAAUGAAGAAAAUAUAAUAAAUUGUAUGAAUAAUGAGAAUAUAAUAAAUGAUAAGGAUGAAAAUAAUGUUGUAAAUAGUGUCAAUAACGAAAAUGUAAUAAGUAAUUUAGAUGAAGAAAAUAUAUCAAAUGUUCACAUUAAUGAAAAUAUAAUAAAUAAUAUAGAUGAAGAAAAUAUGUUAAACGAAAUGAAUAAUGAUAAUAUAAUAAAUGACGUGAAUAAUGAAAGUAUGAAUAAUUUCGAAAUGAAUAAUUCAAAUAAUAAUGUAAAUAGUAAUCCGAUGGAAAGUAAUAGGAGGGAUCUAGUUAAUCAUAAUGACAUUGAUUAUUUAAAUAAUCACAACAAUGAUAAAUAUUUACAGUGGUUUGAUGCAAUUUAUACAGUAUGUGUUAAAUUAGAUGACUUAUGUUGUAAAUUAAGUAACAGUUUUCCUCAUUCAAUGAAUAUAUGGGAAAAUAAUAGUAAAUUAAAUGUUUAUUCAUUAAAGUCAUUUUUUUAUAAAUAUGAUAAUAUUAAAUCAAUUUAUAAUAAUGAAAAAAAUAGAUCUUUUUUUAUAAAUUCUAAUAAUCAUAAAAAUAAUUAUAGUAAUUUGAAUAAUAACAAUAAUAAUAAUAAUAAUAAUAAUAAUAAUAAUAAUACUAAAUAUAUUUGUACAAAUAUAAAUAAAGAUGAAGAAGAAAAAAUAAAAAAGUUAAAUAAUUACUUAUUAAUCCCAUCAGAUAAUAAUACAUUAUUUAAUAAAAAAAAUUGUAAAAGCAUAAAUGUUGUAGAACAUAUGAAGGAUUUUCAACAAAAUGAAAAUAUUUCAAAAAAUAUAUUAGACAAAAAUUUUCAGUCCAAUAAAAUAGCAAAAAAUAAUUUUUUAGAUAAAGAUUAUUAUCGUCAAAACGAAAAUAUAUCUAAAAAUAUAAUUGAUACUUAUUUAAAUUGCAAUAAAUGUACAAAAAUAAUUCAAAACAAAAAUGAUAAAAUAAUGAAUAUGAAUGAUCAUAAUAAUUUUAUGAUUAAUAAUGAUUUGUAUCAUCAUCAUAAUACAAAUUCAAUGGAAAAUAAUAUUAAUUAUGAAAAAGAAAAGAAAAAUAUGAUAAAAAUAGAAGAAAUCAAUAUGAAAAAUAAUCUUGCAAAAAAUGCUUUAGAAUUAUUACAAAUGUAUAAUAAUAAUAAUAAUAAUAAUAAUAAUAAUAAUAAUAAUAAUAAUAAUAAUGAUAGUAGAUAUAAAAAUGAGUUAUAUUUUCAUCAAAAUCAAAAUAAUAAUUGUUCUAUAUUUAAUAAUAACAAUAAUGAUACUUCUAUCAUUAAUUCUACUACUAAUAAUAAUUUAAUGAAUUAUAAAAAGAGUUCAAUUAAUAAAUUUUCAGAAAGUAUGACAGGAACUAAGAAAAAAAAGGGAAGUAAAAAAAAUUCUACUUUUACAUAUAAAAAUACAGAAAAAAAAACAAAUAAAAAAAAUAAUACUGUAAGUAGAAGUACAAAUAAAACUAUAAAAAAUGAAAGUGAAUUUGAAUAUUUGUUAGAAUUAUCGGAUAAAGAAGGACCUAGUUUAGAAAAUCCAGAUGAUUUAAAAUGUGAUGUAGCUGGGGUCUAUUGGGAUAAAAGAAGUUGGAUAGCAUCAUGGUAUGAUAAUGGAAAGAGAUAUUAUAAAUCCUUUUCAGCAAAAACGCAUGGUUUUUACAAAUCAAAGUUUUGGGCUAUUAAAGUUCGCUUAUCAAAAGUAAAAGGACAAACUAUUUUUGGGAAAAAUAGUAGAAAAAAUAGAAAUAACAAUGUUAAUAAAUCUAAUAUUAAUAAUAAUACUAAUGAGAAUAAUAAUAUUUCAUUUAAUAAUCCAGUUAUUCCAAUUAACAAUAAUAUUACUCUUAAUAAUAUAUAA